AUGCAAGCCUUGCAAUCUCAUUCUCUCCGUUCAUCUCCCUUAAACCCACUUCAACAAAUACCUCACAAUGCAACGAAAUCCCCACCUCAAAGACUCUCAUUUAUCAAAGCAUCAUCAUCUUCAUCCACUCAUAACUCUACUGUUUCAGCUCCUAAACGAGAAAAAGACCCUAAAAAGAGGGUUGUUAUAACGGGCAUGGGAUUGGUCUCUGUUUUUGGUAAUGACGUCGAUGCUUAUUAUGAUAAAUUGCUUGCAGGUGAAAGUGGGAUUGGACCCAUUGACCGCUUCGAUGCUUCUAAGUUUCCAACCCGGUUCGGUGGGCAGAUCCGGGGUUUUAGUGCAGAAGGUUAUAUUGAUGGAAAAAAUGAUAGGAGGCUUGAUGAUUGCUUGAGGUAUUGCAUUGUUGCUGGCAAGAAGGCUCUUGAAGAUGCGGAUCUUGGAGGGGAUAAUCUAUCUAAGAUUGACAAGGAGAAAGCUGGUGUGCUUGUUGGAACAGGGAUGGGUGGUCUUACAGUCUUUUCUGAUGGUGUCAAAUCUUUAAUUGAGAAAGGACACAGAAAAAUCACCCCAUUUUUUAUUCCUUAUGCUAUAACAAACAUGGGUUCUGCCUUGCUUGCAAUUGAAGUUGGUUUCAUGGGUCCAAAUUACUCUAUUUCAACUGCUUGUGCUACUUCUAAUUAUUGCUUCUAUGCUGCUGCCAAUCACAUUCGCCGAGGUGAGGCGGAUAUGAUGCUUGCUGGUGGAACAGAAGCUGCUAUCAUUCCUAUUGGUUUGGGAGGUUUUGUUGCAUGCAGGGCCUUAUCCCAAAGAAAUGGUGAUCCAAAAACUGCAUCUAGGCCAUGGGACAAAGAUCGAGAUGGUUUUGUUAUGGGUGAAGGUGCAGGAGUGUUGGUAAUGGAGAGUUUGGAACAUGCAAUGAAACGAGGUGCACCAAUCAUUGCUGAGUACUUGGGAGGUGCUGUUAACUGUGAUGCUUAUCACAUGACUGAUCCAAGAGCUGAUGGUCUUGGGGUGUCUUCAUGUAUUGAGAGAAGUCUUGAAGAUGCUGGUGUGUCGCCUGAGGAGGUUAACUACAUUAAUGCACAUGCAACUUCCACUCUUGCUGGUGACCUUGCUGAGAUAAAUGCAAUAAAGAAGGUAUUCAAGAACACUUCAGAGAUCAAAAUCAAUGCAACCAAGUCCAUGAUUGGACAUUGCCUUGGUGCUGCUGGAGGUUUGGAAGCAAUUGCUUCUGUGAAGGCCAUAACAACGGGAUGGCUGCAUCCUAGUAUUAACCAAUUCAAUCCAGAGCCCUCAGUUGAGUUUGACACCGUUGCCAACAAAAAACAACAACAUGAAGUGAAUGUUGGCCGAGCAUCCAGCUUUUCUGCAUUUCUUGUAGGGGAUCAGUCUUUGCUUAGUCGAGAUAUGCUUAAUUUAUUAGUCAAUGAGGCUCCUUCUUCUUUAAAUUUGAGCUGA